AUGUCGUCCAGAACAGAGCGGUUCCAGCGCAAAGGUCGGGACAAGGCAGAUGUGAAGGCGGAGGAGCCCGAGGAGGUGAUCCGGUUCUCUGCCGAGGAAGAGGCUGCUCUUGUCGAGGAAUCGAAUACCGUGAAGAAGGAAGCCAACGAGCUGUUUGCCAAGUCGGAUUGGAAGGAGGCGAUCACGACGUACGAUAAAGCGCUCGCGACAUGCCCGAAUUACCUGGACUACGAGAUUGCGGUACUGAAGAGUAAUGUGGCGGCGUGUCACUUGAAGCUGGAGGAUUGGAAGGAGGCUGUCAAGGCUGCUUCUGCGGCGCUGGAUGGACUCGAUAGGCUUCAAGGAAGGGGGAGGGCGGAGGGUAGCGACGGCAAAGAGGAGGUGGAGGCCGAGGCAGAGGAGGCUGAUGAGGAGAUUAUUAGUGAAGGUGCUAUGAAGGCGGAGGAUACGUCUGCUAAGGGGAAGAGACAGGCGGAUAUUGAAAGGAUUAGGGGGAAGGCAUUGAUGAGGAGGGCAAGGGCUAGGAGUGAGCUGGGCGGGUGGUCGAGUUUGCAAGGGGCCGAGGAGGAUUACCAGACGCUAGAGAAAAUGACCAACCUGACGGCGGCGGACAGGAAGCUGGUACAGAGGAUGUUGGUGCAGCUUCCGCCGAGGACGAAAGCUGCGCAGGAAAAGGAGAUGGGGGAGAUGAUGGGCAAGUUGAAGGAGCUUGGGAAUGGUAUCCUGAAGCCUUUUGGCUUGUCGACUGAUAACUUUCAGAUGCAGAAAGAUCCAGCUUCAGGCGGGUACAGCAUGAACUUCAACCAAGGAGGCAAAUAG